AUGUGGAUCCUGCCCAUCUCCAUGGCACUCCCCAUAAACUGGCCAAUACUACACAUGUUCCCUUCCUUUGUGGCCAACCUCCACAACAUGCCUGCCUAUUUCACCCUGGUCCUCACUGGAUCAAGCCACGACUUCAGGGCACACGGCCCUCCUGGGAUGGGGAUGCGGUUCUUCGUCACAUGCAAUCCUGCGAACAUCCAGCACAUUUUCACUACCAACUACCCUAACUUUCCAAAGGGUGCAGAGUUCGCUGCUAUCUUCGAUAUCAUGGGUGGCAGCCUCUUCACAAUUGAUGGUGAGCCAGCUCAUCGGAUGCGCGCCAAAGUCAAGGGCGUGCUCAACAGCCCGCGGUUGCUGGACAACCUUGCGAGUUACUGCGUCGACAAGGUAAAGAACAGCCUCCUCCCAUUGUUUGCCCACAUGGUGAGCAUCGAAACCCCAUUCGACAUGCAAGAAAUGAUGUCGAGGUUUAUGUUUGACCUAUCUGCUACGUCUCUCUUUGGCGUGGACCCUGGCCUCCUAUCCUCGGACUUGCCUCCCAUGGACGUAGCGGUUGCCUUGGACACGGUCAUGGAGGUGGGAUUUUUCCAGCAUGUGAUGCCAACUUCUUGCUGGAAACUGAUGAGGCGGCUAAACAUCGGCCCCGAGAGAAAGCUCAGCACAUCGCACACAGUGCUUCGAAGGUUCGUCGUGGAGAUGAUGGACAGGUGGAAGACCAACACAUGCCAUACUGGUAAUGACCACAGUGGUGUGGAUAUUAUGCCUCCGUUCCUCAAUGAUCCUGACUAUGCAGAUGAUGAAUUGGUGCUUGCGAUGAUUAUCAGCUACUUCCUCGCUGCGAGGGACACAGUUACAGCAACCCUGACAUGGGUCUUCUACAACCUUUCCCAGAACCCUAACGUCGUGUCAACCAUCCGCAAUGAACUCUCACCCAUUGCAUCAAGCAAAGCAGCAUCCAGUGCAAGUGCCAUGGUGAUCUUUGAGCCGGAAGAGACAAAAUCUCUAGUCUAUCUAAGAGCCGUCUUGUAUGAGACUCUUAGGUUGUACCCACCGGGGCCUAUUGAGUGCAAGACGGUAGCCACCGAUGAUAUCAUGCCGAGUGGCCAUAAGGUGCGCAGUGGCGACACCAUCUUUAUUUCUGUCGACUCCAUGGGGAGAAUGGAGGACCUGUGGGGUAAUGAUUGCCUCAACUAUAAUCCUGAAAGGUGGCUGUCAGACGAUGGCAACCUGAGGUACGUGCCAUCUCACAAGUUCUUGGCUUUCAACUCAGGCCCAAGGAUAUGCCCCGGCAAGGAAAUUGCGGUUAUGCAGAUGAAGACCGUCAUCGCCUCAACAAUGUGGAGCUUCGACGUGGAGCUGAUGAAAGGGCAAAGCAUACAGCCCAAGCAGUCUUGUAUACUGAAGAUCAAAAAUGGGCUCAUACUUAAGCUGAAGAAGCGGCAAAUGUAAUAAACGUA